UGUCCUUGAAUAAUGAAUCUUGAUGUUGACAUGUUGAUAAGAAUUUUGGUUUUCAAAUCAAAAUUUGAAAUUUCUGGUGUCGGAGAACUCUGAUCAGUUUUAAUUUUAAACUUUUGCUUUUCUCAUCAAUUUGAUCAAUUAUAGUGAAGCUCUGGACUCUGAAGCUUUCUACAUUCAAUACUCAAGCUUAUUCAUCAGCAGCAGUAUUGAUAAGCUGACGUUACGCCGGUAAUGAACCGACCUUGAUAGCUGAAAAAUAUCGUACACCAACUCGAUUUUCUAAUGAAUGUUCGUAAAUUAUUAAUGACUGGAAUAUACAGUUUCGUCAUUAGAUCACUACCUACUUUAUCUUGAAGUCAUCGUUCGUCGUGUCCCAAUUUGGUUUGCCUCAGUAGUUACCGAAAAAUCAGUAAAAUCUUGUGCGAUUCAGUUUUUAUUAUCGUACGAUAGCUCGUUGAAGUUAUAAGGAAAAACAUUACGUCGAGAAACCGAGAUAUUUAGUGCCUUAUUCAACUCUGAAUCGAAGAAAAUCCAAAUUGGAAUUCUUUACGUUGAGAAACGAAGCAAAAAAGCGAAACGAUUUCAUCGAUCCGGUCGUUACCAUAUUCUAUGCAGCUGCAACUCUCAAGUCGUCAAUUCUCUGGCUAAACUGUUCGAACGUUUGACGAGAUUCUUUGAUUAAAAAGUGUUACAACAUUCAACUGUAAAAAUGUUUUCCAUCUGUAAAGGUCACACACAUCUGUCGAAGCAGUUAUUCUAUUUCCACGAAAGUACCACCAUAAAAAUAUUUCCCAAUCUUCGAGGUCGUAAUUACUUCUCAGAAAAAUUACAUCAAGAUCGUGUCGAUUCUCCAAAGCUAGUUCAUUAUACUCAUUCUAAUGCGAAACAAACAUUCCUUAGCUUAUCCAAUAAUGCUAAUUUCUCCAACGAAUUACGUUACGCUCACACAGAAAGAAACGAAGACAAAAUACGUUACGUACGCACGGAAAGAAACGAAGAUAAACUACGUUACGUGCGAACGGAAAGUAACGAAGAGAGAAUCGCCAACUUCAAAAAACACGCUGAUUUCUCCAAGCUGUUAAAUUCUACGGUAAAAAACUUGACCGAGGAAAUAGGUCAUUUGGUGGAAGAAUGGGUCUUACGUUUCGAUACGUUGGGCGGAAACGAAGCUACCGCGAUUUCCGGCGCCUUCAAUAAUUUACUAAAAUCGAAAAUUUUCGGCAGCGAUUGGAACUCCGAACAUCGAGAAAAUUUCAAAAGGUUAAUCGUUAGAUUGGCUGAGAAAGGAGACCAGUUACUAGACCGGAAUAGUCGAUCUCUUUCUAAAUUUAGCUCUUGGCAAGUUGCUAAUAGUUUACACGCCUUAUCCAAAUGGGACGUGUUGAACGGAGAUGUAUGGGAAGGCGGUAUUCAAGUCGGUAACCGAAAAAUAAUCAAGGUUGAUUUAUUCAAAUCUGUAAUUCGUGGUUUGAUUCGUCGAGGAACUUGGCUACUGGAGUACGAAACAGUCGAUAAAUUCGAUGCUCGAGGUAUCACUAAUUGUCUAAGCGCGUUAUCUAAAUGGAACAUCGACGAGUUCGACGGAUCCAAGAGAUUCAUCAGUCGUUUGGUUAAACGAGGCGCCAGAAUAACCGAUCAGUUCAAUUCAUUGGAAGUUUCAAACAGCUUGAGUGCGUUGUCCACGUGGAACGUGGACGAUUUCGAAGGGUCCAAGGAAUUCAUCGUACUGCUGUUUAAACGAGGAAGCUCGACCGGUGAUAGAUUCACUCCUCUGAGUAUCGCCAAAACCUUGAACGCGAUUUCCAAAUGGAACGUGGAUGAAUUACGAGGGGCCAAGGAGUUCGUAAUGUUCGUAAUGAAACAAGGAACCGGCAUGGCGAAUAAAUUCAACGCCAUGGAGAUCGCGCACAGUUUGAACGCCCUGUCUAAAUGGAACGUCGACGAGAUGCAAGAAGCUAGAGGUUUCAUUAUUUCGUUAGUCAAAAAUGGAGACACUAUCGUCGAUCAAUUCGCUUGUCAAGGUAUCGCCAACAGUCUGAAUGCGUUUUGCAAAUGGAACUUGGAUGAAUUACUCGGUUCCAAAGAGUUCGUCGUUCGGUUAAUUAAACGAGGAAGCUCGACGGCCGGUGGUUUCAAUCCUCAAGAGAUCGCCAAUAGCUUGAACGCGUUGUCUAAAUGGAAUAUUCACGAAGUAGAAAGUAGUAAAAAUUUCAUCAUUCAGUUGGUCAGAUGUGGAAUCCUCACAUCCGAUACGUUCGACUCGUUGGGUAUUUCUAGCUGCUUGAAUGCUCUUGCCAAAUGGAACAUCGACGAACUAGAAGGAACCAGAGAAUUGAUAACUCGAUUAAUAAAACACGGUCGUUCGUUAAUCGCUAGAUUCAAUUCGCAGGGUAUCGCUAAUAGCUUGAACGCUCUUAGUAAAUGGAAUAUCGACGAGUUCGAAGAAGCCAGAGAGUUCAUCAUCGAGCUCCUGAAGCAAGGAACCUCCUCAGUUGGCAGUUUCAAUGCUCAAGAGACUGCUAAUAUCUUGAAUGCUUUAUCAAAAUGGAAAAUCGACGAGUUCGAAGGUGCUAGAGAACUCAUCGUUGAGAUAAUAAAACGAGGGAGUUCGAUGGUUGAUGAAUUCGAUUCGCAGAACGUCGCCAACUGUUUGAACGCUUUAUCAAAAUGGAAUAUAGACGAGUUCGAAGGGUCUAGAGAAUUCAUUACUCAAUUGGUUGCUCGAGGACGAGCUACAGUCGAAAGAUUCCAAGCUCAAGAGAUCGCCAAUAGCUUGAACGCUCUGUUUAAAUGGAAUAUCGACGAGUUACCCGGUGCCAGAGAGUUUGUCGUUCAUUUAAUAAAAAGAGCAAGUCCGACGAUGAACGAAUUUACUUCUCAAGCAAUUUCUAAUACCCUGAAUGCAUUGUGUAAAAAGAAUAUCGACGAGUUUACCGGAGCUAAAGACAUUAUUGUUCGUUUACUCAAACGAGGAACUAAAACCAUCGAAGAAUUCGAUUCUCAAGAAAUCGCCAAUAGUUUGAACGCUGUUUCAAAGUGGGAUAUCGACGAACUACCCUCAGCUAGGGCGUUUAUUACUCAGCUCGUGAAUUGUGGUAACUCGAUAACCGAUCAAUUCACCCCUUCAGGUAUUUCUGGCAGCUUGAACGGUUUAUCCAAAUGGAAUAUCCAAGAAUUUCAAAAAUCCGAAAUAUUCGUUACUCGACUGAUAAAACAAGCCAUCUCAAAAAUCGACGAGUUCGAUUCGCAGAACGUUUCUAAUUGUUUGAACGCUUUAUCCAAAUGGGAUACGAACAGAUUACAAGGAGCUAAAGAAUUCCUCGAUUUAUUAGUCGAGCGAGGAAACUCAACAGUUGACAGAUUCAAUUCUCAAGCAGUGGCCAACAGUUUAAACGCACUGUCUAAAUGGAACAUCGACGAGUUACCAAGAGCUAGAAAGUUUAUUAAUCAGCUUUUGGAACGAGGAAGCUUAUUGAUCGAUGAAUUCGAUCCUUUAGCUAUCGCUAAUUGUUUCAACGCGUUGUCCAAGUGGGAUAUCGAUGAAUUCGAAGGAUCCCGAAAUUUCAUCGCCCAAUUAGUAAAACAGGGUAACUCGAAAGUGAACCGGUUCGACCCUCAGAAUAUAUCGAAUACGUUGAACGCCCUUUCUAAAUGGAACAUCGAUGAAAUCCCAGAAACCAGUGAGUUCAUUACCCAGCUGAUAACUUCCGGUAAUCGAUUCGUCGAUGGAUUUGGCUCGCUGGAGAUUUCAACUUGUUUGAACGCUUUAUCUAAAUGGAAAAUCUAUGAAUCGCCAGAAGCUAAGGAAUUCAUCGGUCGAUUAAUUCAACGAGGCGUUUCAAUAUCUGCUCGAUUCGAUUCCCAACCAGUUUCCAAUUGCUUGAACGCUUUAUCCAAGUGGAACAUCGAUGAAAUACCCGCAGCCAGAGAAUUUAUCGUAGAGUUAGUGAAACGAGGUAAUUCGACGAUCGCAGCGUUUAAUUCUCAAGCCGUUUCAAAUAGUUUAUACGCGUUGUCCAAAUGGAAUACUGACGAAUUCGAAGGAUCGAAGGAAUUCGUCGUUCGAUUAAUACAACGAGGAAAUUCAACCGUCGACGAAUUUAAUCCUCAAGCUGUUUCUAACAGUUUGUUCGCGUUGUCCAAAUGGAACGUCGACGAGUUACACGAAGGCAGGGAGUUUGUCGUCGAGUUGAUUAAAUUAGGUAGUCGAACAGUCGAUCGAUUCGAUUCUCGAGCUGUUGCUAAUACGCUGAAUGCUCUGUCUCAAUGGAGAAUCGACGAGUUCGAUGGAACGAAGGAUUUCAUUAUUAGGUUAAUUAGCCGAGGGAAAUUAACCGUUUGUGAUUUUGAUUCGAGUGCUGCUUCUAAUAGUUUGAAUGCUUUGAACAAAUGGCAAGCUGAAAACUUGCUAGGUGCUGAUGAAUUUAUGGCUGAUUUGACGGAGCAGAGGAUUUGAGUUAAUGGUCGAGUGCCUAUUUUUGGAAAUUGAUCUUAUUUCAUGCGUGAUUGAAUCAGCUUCAUUUCUAGUCGAUGGAAAAAAUAAUUUUGCUGGAAUUGGUCAGUUGAAAAAUUUAAGAAUUUGUGUAAUUCAACAUAAAAUGUCAAAUUCUCUUGAUACUUCAUAACAUUUUUAAAAAAUGGACUCUUCAAAGAAUAUUUCUGUUGAAAAAUUGAAUUGAAAAAGCGAUGUUUGAGGUUCUGGGGCCAGAUUGAGGGGAAGAAAAUAAAUGUAUCUUUUUUCAAAUCUGUCUCAACUUUCUUACCAAAAAGUUGCGAAAGAGUCUAAGACUUACCUUCAUUAGCUACAGACUAACUAACUUUUAUAAGUUUACAAAUUUUUUAUGUUAAAAUAUUGAAUAACCGAAUCGAAUUCAAUUAUUUCUAGUUGUAUGUAUUUUGAACUUGUGACAAUUUAUCUAUUUUUAUGUUGUUGAGGUUCCUUAGAUGAAUUCUGUUCGAAUUGUCUAGUUUCAAAGGCUGUAUUUUAUUGUUAAUCAUUUUUAUAAUAAUCAUUUCGUCAAUUUCGUUUCGUGUAAAUUUUUAUUUAUAUUUUAUUAUUAUUUAUCUGUCGACUGUUCAUUUCAGUGUUGUUUCAACUACCUACUUUAGGUAUAUGAGCAUCUUUGUUUUUCAUUUUUUUUUUUUUUUUUUUGGUACAUAAAUCAAUAUUCAAGUUGACUGAUUAGGUUUAAGUUUUGUUUUUGUCCGUUUCUCUUUAAUUUUUCAUUUUUGAUGAAACAUUGUUGAAAUUUAUAUGUAAUAAAAAAGUUGGAAGUUAA